GUUUUCAUAUUCGGCUGAGAGAGAAAGACUAUGGCGGAAGAACAGAAGAUAACAUUAGACACAGCACCUCCGCCUCCGCCUCCGCCUCCGGCUGAGACUCUUCCUCCAGCUCCGGCUGAGACUCCUGCUACGGUUCCAGCACCAGCACCAGCUCCGGCUCCGGCUCCGGAGAAAACUUCUGAUGACUCAAAAGCCCUUGUCAUUGUUGAGAAACCUGUAGAGCCUGCACCAGAGAAAGCUACGUCUGGUGGUUCGCUUGAUAGAGAUGUUAAGCUAGCUGAUUUGUCAAAGGAGAAGACAUUGGCUUAUGUCAAAGCAUGGGAAGAUAGCGAAAAGAGCAAAGCAGAGAACAAAGCUGAGAAGAAGAUCUCUGAUAUUCUUGCUUGGGAAAACAGCAAGAAAGCAGCUAUUGAAGCCCAGCUCAAGAAAAUCGAGGAGCAACUUGAGAAUAAGAAAGCAGAGUAUGCAGAGAAGAUGAAGAACAAAGUUGCAGCUAUUCACAAAGAAGCAGAAGAGAGAAGAGCAAUGAUUGAAGCCAAGCGUGGAGAAGAUGUUCUCAAAGCUGAAGAGAUGGCUGCUAAAUACAGAGCCACUGGUCUUGUCCCAAAGGCAACCUGUGGUUGUUUCUGAUCUUUAUAUCAAUGAGUUUUUCAAACUGUAAAGUGUAUACAUUUCACUUUUUCUCCUAUUCAAUGGCUUGUAAUCUUGUUUGUAUAUUGACUUUUUUUGUGUGAACAUCAGUGUGAAAAAAAAAUGUGUUAAUUGUUCAUUGUCUUGCAAAUUUUUGAAGCAUCGCAAAGAGGUUUGAUAAUAACUAACCAAUGCUGAUUUGCAUAGUUAGGAUAAGUUUUUAAACAAAGAUUAGUUAUUUUCAAGUGUAAAGUGUAAAAAUUUCACUUUGUUCUCUAUUCAAUGGUUUGUAAUUUUGUUUGUAUAAAAUUCAGUGUUAAAAUGUGUUCAUUGUUCAUUCUCAUGAAGUUUUUUU